AUGGGAGAUCUUCCGUCGGUUCGCGUAAAUCGCGCGGCGCGACCGUUUUCACACACGGGAGUCGAUUAUGCUGGUCCUAUUCUGUUACGAAGUACACCCGGGCGCGGACAUAAGUCUCAUAAAGCGUACAUCGCCCUGUUUGUAUGCCUCACUACUAAGGCUAUCCACCUUGAAGUCGUAACCGAUUAUACUUCCGCAACCUUUAUCGCAGCGUAUCAUCGGUUCGUGUCCAGACGAGGUCUUCUCCAGGGGAUGUAUUGCGAUAAUGGCACAACUUUUCAAGGAGCCGAUCGCGAAUUAGCCGAUGCACAUCGUCGCGCCCUCCGCGAUCCAAAUUUUAUUGAAGCGACCGCUUGCAAAAAAACAUCGUGGCAUUUCCUUCCCCCAGCCGCCCCACAUUUUGGUGGUCUCUGGGAGGCCGGUGUGCGUAGCGUCAAAACGCACCUCAAACGUUGUAUAGGUGCUCACACCCUCACGUACGAAGAAAUAAACACCCUUCUCUGUAAAAUCGAAGCGUGUUUAAAUUCUCGACCGUUAUCCGCCGUCUCCGAGAAUCUGGAAGACUACCGCGUUUUAACUCCUGGGCAUUUUUUAAUCGGCGCUCCGUUAGCAGCGGUUCCCGAACCCAGCGUUCUCGACCUGCAUGAAAAUCGACUGUCACGCUGGCAGAUGACGCAGCGUAUCACCGAAGGUUUUUGGAGAUCUUGGCGCAACGAUUACUUGCUCACCCUCCAACAAUGCCCAAAAUGGCGAAUUGUACAAAAAUUAGCGCGCGUCGGUCAGUUAGUUCUUCUACGAAAUCUGCAAGCUCCCCCGAGUCAAUGGGAGCUCGGCCGAAUUGUUGCGUGCCAUCCCGGAGCCGAUGGCUUGACGAGAGUCGUCACCGUCCGAACGAGCCGCGCAGAAUAUAAGCGCCUUAUCACCAAAAUCUGUUAUCUUUCCGUCGACAUCAAUCAAGAGAUGUCAAUGACAUCCGGCUCGGCGGGCGGAGAUAAAAAGUAA